GAGAGGACAAUGAACCUCCAUGGUAAUGUUUUAUAUGUAACUACUGAGGAAGAAUAUUGAUAUGGGUAACAUAAGCAAUGCUAGAAACUUAACGAUAACGGGAAGUCGCAAUGAGAUGUCUUGAGAGUUAUCACAAUCCUAUCCCGCACCAGUGACCAACUUUCACCGGGAAAUAGCCAAGGUUCUUCGUGAAUGCAUCUUGAUGGAAUGGAUCGAAGGCGUAUAUAUGGUUGAGAGCGAAGAUGGCUAGAUAAGUAGUAUAUGUCUGCGAAAUCAUGCUCGAUUCUGCAUCGUUCGAUCAAAAUAGAAAGAGAAAUCGAGAGUUUGUUGCGGGACAUGAGGAUUGGGAGGGUUGUGGGUUUGUGAUAAAAUCUUGUCGGUUUAAUCGAUCAAAACCCGGUUUUCGAACGAUUAUGUGGAAAACACAGGAUAAGUAACCCCGUGAUGUUGAAUUGUGUGUUAGAUUCUCUGCUGCAUUUUUGUCCAAAGGAGCUUUAAAGGGAUUUGAAUUAAGAUGAGACGAUGAGGUGGUAAAUGGAAGUGCGAGAUAUUCAUAAUGGGUUGAAUAUGGAAGAAGUGCUGGGGAUGUAUUUAGAAAAUUCUUAGUACACCUGGGCAUCAUACGUACUAGGCAUCCCGAUAAGGUAAUAAAUAACCGACCCCGCCUUGUCCGCUUAAAGCGAGGGGCAAAUACUUGUAUCACUAUCAGUAGAUAGAUAACAACUACAUCAUCGGAAUAUAUCAAUCAGACAAACCACCAUCUAAAUUCCCCUUCAAUUUGUUUUCCAUACUGCCUUCAGUUUCGCUUCGAUCGAUACCCAGCCUUUUAAAGAUUAAAAAUUCGGAUAAUAUGAUUCAGGAGUCCUGCUGUACUUGUGCGCGUUUGCUUGCACAGAUAGGAAGUGAUGGAUCGGGGAGUGAACCGCCUUCUUAUUCGGCAUCUACAGCGGGAAUCGACCCCCCUUUUGAAUCGAGGAGAAGGAUUUUGAGUUCCAGUGAGAGAGCGAAGGAAGACGAAGUAUUUUCGGAGAAGAGUGGAGCAUAUGAUUGGGAGAAAAAGGAAGACAUGAUUUGGGAAGAAAAGGAAGGGAGUAGCAGGGGAGAAGAUAGAAGAUUAUCAUGCUGUGGCCGCAUUAUCUGCGGAGAAUGCAUGGAGCGCAAUGAAAGAUUCAAGAUAUAUUGUCCAUUUUGCCAGGUUAGGAACGGAGACACAACGAACGGGGAUACGAUAUCCGAUUCCACAGGACGCAAACCAGCAACGAAAGAUAAGCCGCCCUCUUAUGAAGAGACCAUUGGCAGCCACUCCUCGCAUUCUCAAACUUCCCUUCCAGUCUAUAGCCACUCUCUCUUCUUCAAAUCACAACAGCAAUCAGUGACACAGUCACAAAAAGAAUCGCAGUCACAGUCACAACCAGAUGAUAUACUUCACUUCCUCUCCCAUAGCAGCGAUUCCAUGACUUCCCUUUCACUCCGCUACGGUGUCCCAAUCGAGGUAUUGCGAAAGAAAAACGGUAUAACAAGCGACUACCUUCUUCUUGCUAGGAAAACAAUAUUGAUACCUGGGGAAUGGUACAAGGGCGGUGCGAGUUUGAGCCCGCGGCCAGUGGAAGGAGAGGAGGAGGAGAGGAGGAAAGCAAGUGUGAGGAGGUUUAUGGUGGGAUGUAAAGUUUAUGAGUAAGUUUGCUUGUGAUUAUUUUUGCUUGGGCGCUCGAAUGAGGGGGGGAUAGGAAGAGGUUCUAGGUUUAUGUACGAAUGUGAAGUGGGAGAUUUGGGAUUGGGUAAUGUGAAACGAAGAAUAGAGAGCUAACAUUGGGUCCUUCAUUAGAUAUGAUGUCGCAGUCCUCUAUCUUGAGCAAGCCAACUACGAUCUAGAGCUCGCUAUGGGGGUAUAUAGAGAUGACGAGAGAUGGGAAAAGGAAAAUCCCAUCUCAGAUAAAGGGAAGGGUAAAGGCAAGACGAAAUAUGAUGUUGGGAGAAGGAGAUUCACAGGACAGAGAUAAUAUAAAUUUUAGCCUGCACACAAUGAAUACUGUAAGAUUGAGGU